GCCAGCCCCAUUCAAAGGCUGUGCUAAUGAACGACGAUGGUGAGUUACGUGGACUUUGCUGCUACACGAUGAGACCGUUUCGUGGCUCGGGUCUCCCGAGAUCUAAGUUUGUCCGGCUGCAAGUCGGUUGCAGUUGACAUCCCACCCGGCUAUUGGACACGUGCAGGGCUGAAGGGGCCAGGGGGACAGUCACAGGCUAUCACGGCUCCUUCGAUCUCUGGCUUUCCACCAGACGACCAUCACACGAGCAAAUUCCCGUUUGUGAGAUAGCGUCCGGUGGAGCAUUUUCAUAGCCCCUCCUGGGCAGCUAGACUCCGCAUCUCGAGUCUCACUUUGCCGUCAUCAUAAAGCCUCACCGCCUUAGACGUAAUCUUGCGCCGCAAACGAGAAUAGACCGUUGCGAGUUUUACGGCCCGGCCAGGUUUUGUGUAAGUCCUCAUCGUGGGUGGUUAUAAAGAGCACCGUUCGCGGCGGUUGGAAGGCCGGAUAAACAACUCCACAUCCACCUUCGCUCCCCACAUCAACUCACACUAUUCCCACAUUCGCUCCUCCAUACAUACCUCGCUCGUUGCUCAACGGUCGCUCUAAAUCAAUACACUUUAGUUAAUCAGGAUACUACAUCACAAACAAUUCUUCUCAACGUCAAUCCACCCCAGCGGCUUAUUACCUCCACAACUCUUCUUACCUUAAUCCCCCAAAGAACAAACUCAUCAAGACAAGAUGGGCUCUCUUCCGACUUCUCAGGGCAUGAAGAUCCUCGUGUGCCCCUCUGGAUUCAAGGGCAGUCUGCAGCCUGACGUUGCCGCCGACUGCAUUGAAGCGGGUAUCAAGUCUGUGAUGCCGGAGGCUUCAGUCCGCAAGGUCCCCCUUGUCGACGGAGGCGAGGGGUUCACUAGCGCGCUUGUUUCCGCAACUGGUGGCACGCUUCACCCUGUCACCGUCACCGGACCUGUCGGUAUUCCGAUUGCGUCCUACUUUGGCAUACUGGGGGGUAGCAACCCCGAGAUGCCAAAGACUGCCGUCAUCGAAAUGGCAGCGGCCGCCGGCCUGAGCCUUGUGCCCGCCGACCUCCGCAACCCUGGGCUCACGACGACGUUUGGCGUUGGCGAGCUUCUCGCUGCUGCUCUCGGUGCUGGUGCAAAGAGGAUUGUCGUCGGGUGUGGUGACUCGGGCACAUGCGACGGCGGCGCUGGAAUGCUUCAGGCUCUUGGCGCUCGGCUCAUCGACCAUGACGGGCAUUCGCUUCCCAUUGCGGCGGGCGGCGAGUCUCUGCUCGAGCUGGCCAACAUCGACCUCAGCGGUGUCGACAAGCGGCUCAAAGACGUCAGCAUUGAGGUGGCCGUCAACUGGAACAACGUGCUGUCAGGCCCCGAGGGCGUCGCCAGGGUGUUCGGUGCUCAAAAGGGCUCCAGCGCCACGCAGAUGGAGCGGCUGUCUGCGGCCAUGGAGGUGCUCGCUGUGGUUGCCGGCCGCCUCCUCUGCGACAACAAGGUGGGCCUGUCACCCGGCGGAGGGGCGUCUGGAGGGUUGGGCACCGGUCUGCGGUUGAUCGGUGCCAAGCUCCGACCAAGAUAUGAGGUGGUGGCGGAGUACGUCGAUUUUGACGGGCUGUUUACCGACUGCGAUCUUGUCCUCACGGCUGAGGGAGGCAUCGACGACCAGACUCCCCGGGGUAAGAUCCCAGCUGAGAUUGGCAUGCGGGCAAAGAAGCACGGGCUGCCCGUGAUUGCCAUCGCGGGGACCAUCGGGCCAGGGGCACGGGUCAACUACGACGUGGGAAUCGAUGCGUACACGUGUAUCUUGCAACGCCCAUCGACGCUGGCCGAGGCGGUUCUGGAGGCAGAGAAGCUGACACGGGAGAGCGCCGAGUGCGUCAUGCGGAUGAUUGUCGUGGGACGCAUGUUGGGGUCCAAGAAGCCCUUUUCCCCCAUGGCGCAGCCGCCGGCGUCGACAUGGGUGUAGAUGAGUCUU